GCAGCGCCGGCCGGCGGACCCCAGACCCCGCGCCUGCGCAGCGGGCCACAGGCAGCCGCGUGUGUUUCAAAGUUGCACAGGCGCCAUCUGCUCCAACUUGGACGUGGAAGUGGAAGCUUGGCUUUGGGAAGUUCUGUGGGUAGGAGGCUCCUGGGCACGGACUCACGCCCUUCGUUUACGGGGGGAGGGCGGUGUUUUGGGGCCCGUGUCUUGCAGGCUGUUGGCACCUCGCCGUUGUCUUGGCCGCUUUUGUAGAGGAUGGGUGGCUGCUGGGCAGUGUUAGGGGCUGUGCAUGGAGCAGGCCAGACCUUACGGCAGUACCUCCCUCUUGCCCGGUUUAUCUGGCCAGUACCAACCCGUGUCUCAGGUUUGGGUAGGGCUUCUUCCCAGCUGCUUAGCCCUGUCCCGCCUGGCUUGCUCCUCCCUCCCACCCCCCGAGCCAAGGCUGUCUUACUACUGUCUCGGUGGUGGUAUGUUUGACCCAGUGAGACUGUGGGCUCCAGCUGAUUUCCAGCCCUCGUAAAAACCUGGCCUGUUCUUGGGGCUCAGGGUUAUUGAGUGAAUCACCCUUUGGGACACAUCGAGGGCGGUCAGGUAACCAGCCGGUUCAGGGUCACCCAGCUGGAGAGAGGCAGGGAUGACAUUCACACUGAGGCAGGUCACGGGGCCAGGCUCCGCUCAUCUCGGUGUCCUUCACGGCCCCAGCAGGUCUUGGCAGGUCCCUGCUCGGCACUUCGCGUGGCGCCGAGGUCGCGAGACUGGGUGUUCACAGUCUGCCCCCAGCCCACCCUCUCCUGCUCCGCAGCCGGGCUGCGUCAGCCGGCCCCCGCGGGUCCAUGCAGUUCCGCUCAGGCACCCUCUCUGCCUCUCCACCCCUCCGCCCGUCCACUUCUCCGUCUCUCCCUCCCAAUGCCUUACUCCCCUCCGUCCGUCGGUGAAUUCCUGCCCGUCAUACCUCCACUUCCCCUUGCUUGCGCUGGGCUGAAGACCUCUCAACGGAGAGGACCCAGCUUACCGGAGCAACGUGUUUAAGAGUCUGCCUUCCCUGUUGGUCAGAGCUUCUGACUGUCGCGUCCUCACCCUCAGCACAGAGGAUGCCUGCUCAGCGUGGCGUGGGUGCUCACGGAGCUUUGAGACCUUGGAGAUUUGUCAUCACACUAGACAUUUAGACCUAAUAUGUAAAAGAGGAUUUUAGGGAAAUGGGUACGUGUUGUCUGUUAAGGUUUGUUGUAGGGAGGGUAUAAAGUUUUUAGGGUCUGGGUGUAGAAUUCUAGAUUGUCAAGUUGCAAGGACCUCGGGUAGCUUGGCUGGGCUAAUCACCUCAUUUGACAGAUGGGGAAGCUGAGGCCCAGCGCUCAGUCAGUGCUGCAGCGGAGGUGCGAGGAGAGAUGCUGGUGACGGGGGAAGCCAUACAGUGAGGCUGUGCAGACUGGCUGUGUCUGGGCUUGCUUAUGCAAAUGAGUUGCUAAAAUAGGGGGCCUGAGCUGGCUGGCCGUGUUGGGUGCCCGGGGAAGAGUGAUGCCAGCCAGUGUCUUCCAAGGCACGAUUCUAAAGGCUUUAUGUGGAUUUCUUCCCCCCGUCUUGUCAACUGCCUAAUGAAAUAGGGUCUAUUACUGUCCCCCUCUUACUACGUGGAAAUUGAGGCACAGAGAAGUUAAACUAGUCCAAGGUCACACAACUGCUAGGCGGAGGAGCCAGGAUUUGAACCUACGCGGUCUGCCUCCAGAACCUGCAUUAUUUUUUCCCCUUGUGUAUUUUAGUUUUAAAACUUUUCUGUUGAAGUCUAACAUACAUACAGAGAAGUCUAAAUACUGUUGUAUUUAACUUAUUGAUGAUCACAAAGUUUAGGGUCUGUACUCUUAAGCACUCCAGCAAGCCAUGUUUGGCCUUUGAUGUCAGACCCGGUUUGAAUCCUGUUUCUCUUGCUGUGUGACCUUGGGUGUAUCACUCAGCCUCUCUGAAUCUCAUAGUUUCUUGGGUGUACUUGGCAGGCUUGUGAUGAUUAGAGCAUGUGAUAGCUCCUAGUAUGUUUGGUGUUUGGUAACUAUUCAGUAAAUUAUUUGUCUUAUUAAUAAUUAAUAUUAUAAAUUGUGUUGGCUUUGUUAAGUGGACUAUCUUCCGAACCUGUGAGUUGCCUCCCGGUCACUUGACAGUUUUUCCUUGGACCAAGAUGACUGAUGGAAACCUUUCCACCACUACAAAUGGCGUAGCCUUGAUGGGCAUUCUGGACGGUCGACCAGGAAACCACGUUCAGAACCUGCAACACUUGAAUCUCAAGGCACCCAGAUCCCUCUCGUUGCCUGAGUAUGGGCCCAAGCUGAAACUUGGUGCUUUAGAAGAUCGGCACAGCCUCAAAUCGGUGGACUCAGGCAUCCCUACCCUAGAGAUCGGCAACCCGGAACCUGUCCCCUGCAGCGUGGUCCACGUGAAGAGGAAACAGUCCGAGUCGGAGAUCAUCCCUGAGCGAGCCUGCCAGAGCGCGUGCCCACUGCCUUCCUACGCGCCACCAGCUCCCACCAGUGCCGAGCGGGAGCAGAGUGUGCGGAAGUCCUCCACGUUUCCCAGGACAGGCUAUGACUCGGUGAAGCUCUACAGCCCCACCUCCAAAACCCUGAACCGCAGCGACAAUGUCUCAGUCUGCAGCGUGUCCAGUCUCGGCACAGAGCUGUCAACCACGCUGUCCGUCAGCAAUGAGGACAUCUUGGACCUCGUGGUCACGAGCAGCUCCAGUGCCAUCGUGACCCUGGAGAAUGACGAUGACCCACAGUUUACUGACGUCACCUUGAGCUCCAUCAAGGAAACCCGUGACCUACGGCAGCAGGACUGUGUUGAUGAAACUGAGGAGGGGAGGAAAUUGAAAAUAUUGGGACCAUUUAGUAACUUCUUUACAAGGUAAUGCCGUCUUUAUCUCUCUAGAAGAGCCAGGUUAUUCAGUUCAGACCAGUUGCGUUGUUCUCGUCUGCAGUGUGUCCUGUGUUUCCUGCCCACGGAGCAGACACUGUCAUACAGAUGAUUAUGCCGUUUCCAGUAGCCCAGAGUCCUGUGGACUUGUGCGGAGGACUGGUGAUUCUGCUUUCUGAUUCCUCACUGCUGGCUGUCACUUCUGUGUCCCUGUCACUCGCACAGUCUCUUGUCACUUCCUGGCCUCUGGCCUGCUGUGGCUGAAGCUGACCUGUAAGUGGCCACUGUUAGCAAAUCAGCAGCCUUUGUCAGCUUUAUCCUCCGAAGGGCCCUUUAUGCUGAUGACUUGAGUGUCUUGGGCCAAGCGGAGGGUGCUGGCGAGGGUGAUA